AUGGUAUUUAAACACUCUUAUUUAAAUGUUUUUCUAGAGUCACAUUGUAUGGAUAUGAUUCAAACAACACAGAAGAGUUCAUUCCCUAUCACAGAAGUUAACACUACAGUGUCUGUACAGAUGGGUAAGAAGGUUCUGCUGAGCUGCCCUCCUGUUACACUGACAAAGGCAUUAGUAAUCACAUGGGUGAUAACCCCCAGAGGCGGACCUGUCUGCAUAAUAGCCUACAAAGCAGACACAAAGGAGACCAGGGAAAACAACUGUACUGACAGGAGAAUCACCUGGGCCUCCACACCUGACCUGAGUCCUGACCUGCAGAUCACCACAGUGGCCCUCGAGCAUGCUGGAUAUUACUCAUGUGAGAUAGCAGCAAGUGAAUGUUAUUGCCAAAAAGGACAUGACCUCCAAGUGCUAGUCCCCCCUGAAGUAACCCUAUUUUCAGGUGAAAAUAGAACUGCAGUGUGCGAGGCAAGUGCAGGCAAGCCGGCUGCGCAGAUCUUCUGGACUCCAGAUGGGGAUUGUGCCACUAAGAGUGAACCACACAGCAAUGGCACCGUGACUGUCAGGAGCACAUGCCACUGGGAGCAGAACAAUGUGUCUGCUGUGGUCUGCUCUGUCUCCCAUUCGACUGGCAACCGGACUCUGUCCAUAGAACUGAAUAGAGGUACUGCUGGUACCCUGCAUUCCUUGCUGACCAUUCUUUAUGUGAAAUGUGGCCUCUUGGGGAUUGUUCUGCUCAACAUAGCAUUUGCUUUCUUCCAGAAGAGAAAUUAUUUCAGAUCAAACGAAGAGCCAAGAACACUGGCUCAUAUGUACUGGAGAACCAAAACUGUUUUGCGACAGGGAGUGGGUCUGAUGGAUGAGGCUGAUAGAGAGGGGCGGGACUUUCUCUCUGAGCUGAUGAUGCCAGUGUUGAUUAAGUACUUCUCCCUGUUCUGGUUUCCCACCAUGAAAUAG